AUGUUUAGCAUGAAUGAGGGAAGAGUUCCCUGGGAUCUUCUUGAAAAGUACGCAGGCGCUGAGCUAGAUCCUGAAGACCAUUCAGGCUUCCUGGCCAUCUGCAGGCUCUUUGGAGUAACUGAAAAAAGAGUGUGCAAAAAAGACUCAGAGCUGGCUGAAGUGCUCCAAGAGCUCAAAAGAGUGUGCGGGCAGUUUGGAGUGAAUAUUUUGCACGACUUUUGCAGCCUGCAAAAAGAGUGCAGAGUGCGAGAAGAGAUAGAAAAACAGGAGAAUGAGAACGACAGAAUGGAGGUUGAGCUUUCAAAGUCAAAAGACGAGGUGAUUAGUUUGCACAUCAAAAAGAUAAGACUGAAUGAGCUUGUAAAAGAAAGAAAGUCUCUGGAAGAAGAAGUCAGCAGAAUAGAGAAGGUAAAAGAGUACUCAGAGAUAUCAAGAGAAGUGCUGCAGCUGGCAAAGACGCUAAACAUAAAAACAGCCAAAGACGGAGAAGAAUCUGCAGUGCUUUCAAAGCCAGACUGCAGCAUUGACUUCCACAACUAUUUCAUGCCCUUUGUCAACCUUUCAAUAGAAACUGUCAACUUCAUAUAUGCACAACUCCAAGCACGUGGUACGCCAGAAAGCAAGGAGAGAAAAGUUUUACUGAUGAUGAAGUACCACCAGAAGAGAAUAGAAGCAAAUCUGGCAUACUCUAGGUAUAAAACACCUACAAACACCCUGGACUAUUUGAUCACGCUAAUUCUAAUAGAGAAGUCCGCAGUGAACAUAAAAGACGUGUGCCAGUUGCUAAAAAAAGAAAGACAGGAAGUAAUUAGAAGAAUAUUUUUUCUGUGCUCCAAAAGAGUUCUUCUAUUUAACAGAACAGAAGACACAAUCACUCUGCACAGUGCAUCAACACCACCACACAUUUUGUAA